UUGCUUUUCCAAAACUUAUUUUUCUUCAGACUUCGCGAACGCCGUUUGACACCAAUCAGUCAAACUCAAGGAUACGUAAUGGCCAGAGAAAUCAAAGCAGUCAAAUAUCUCGAAUGCUCAGCUUUGACUCAACGUGGAUUGAAACAAGUUUUCGAUGAAGCAAUUCGCGCUGUUCUCACUCCACCACAAAGACCAAGAAAAAACAGAUGCGAUCUUUUGUAA